CAGGCGUUGGGGGCGGGCGAAGGGUGGGGACAGCAAGGGGGAGGGCGACGGCAGGGCGCGGCUGGUUGGUUUCUGGGGCGGGAAGCGCGCGAGGGAGGCGGGAGACUGGAGUCGCGCGCCUUCGAGGUCCCUGCGCGGACGCCGCAGCCCAUUGUGCGUCCCGCUCCGCGCGCUCUGUUGCAGAGGAGCCCCGGCCCGGACGUGUGGACCCGAUUCUCCCCAGGCCGGGCCGCGUCGCCCGCUCUAGUCCAGCCGAGCCCGAGCUUCUCGGACCAAUCCCCGGUGAUUAUGCAAGAGAGCCGACCAAUCAGCUCCACCAGCUCAUGAAUAUUUAUGACCUUGGCUGAGUCAAAGCUUUGAACCGAGUUUGGGGAGCUCGGCAGCAUCAUGCUUAGACUUUUCAAAGAGACAAACUCCAUUUUCUUAUGAAUGGAAAGUGAAAACCCCUGUUCCGCUUAAAUUGGGUUCCUUCCUGUCCUGAGAAACAUAGAGACCCCCAAAAGAGAAGCAGAGGAGAGAAAGACCCACACCCAGACCCGCGAGAAGAGAUGACCAUGACCACCAUGCCAGAAAGUCUCAACAGCCCCGUGUCGGGCAAGGCUGUGUUUAUGGAGUUUGGGCCGCCCAACCAGCAAAUGUCUCCUUCUCCCAUGUCCCACGGGCACUACUCCAUGCACUGUUUACACUCGGCGGGCCAUUCGCAGCCCGACGGUGCCUACAGUUCGGCCUCAUCCUUCUCCCGACCGCUGGGCUACCCCUACGUCAACUCGGUCAGCAGCCACGCGUCCAGCCCCUACAUCAGUUCCGUGCAGUCCUACCCCGGCAGCGCCAGCCUCGCCCAGAGCCGCCUGGAGGACCCAGGGGCGGACUCCGAGAAGAGUACGGUGGUGGAAGGCGGCGAGGUGCGCUUUAACGGCAAAGGGAAAAAGAUCCGCAAACCCAGGACAAUUUAUUCCAGUUUGCAGUUGCAGGCUUUGAACCGGAGGUUCCAACAAACUCAGUACUUAGCUCUGCCUGAGAGGGCGGAGCUGGCGGCCUCCUUGGGACUCACACAGACUCAGGUCAAGAUAUGGUUCCAGAACAAACGCUCCAAGUUCAAGAAGCUGAUGAAGCAAGGCGGGGCAGCUCUGGAGGGCAGCGCGCUGGCGAAUGGCAGAGCCUUGUCUGCCGGCUCCCCACCGGUACCACCCGGCUGGAAUCCGAACUCCUCAUCUGGGAAGGGCUCCGGCAGCAGCGCUGGCUCCUACGUCCCCAGCUACACAUCUUGGUAUCCCUCAGCGCACCAAGAAGCUAUGCAGCAGCCUCAACUGAUGUGAGGUUAUCAGUUCGCACUCACCCGCUUCCUGCCCGUAUCCCUUGGCCUGGCCCCUCCCGCCUCCAGGUUCAUCCACCUUUUCGCACGCCCUGGGCUGGGAGGAGAAGAGCCCAUGGGCGGGAGCAGGGGUGGGGGGGGGGAGCUAAAACUAAAAGAAAAAGGAACAGUGAAGGCAGAGGGCUUGCUACUUCUCGGAGCCCCUAAAAGUCUGACCCAGCGACCUUUCAGUUCUGGGCCCGAACCUGGUUUGGGCCACGGUGAGCAGCAGAGUGGCCUCAAAGCGCAGGCACUGGAGACAGCCAGUGCUACAAGAUAACCCGCUGGACCAGACUCUCAGCUUUGUGAGACUAUCAGGAAAAACAAAUACGUAGGAGGGGGAAAUAUGCUCUUUUUCGAUUCUGUCCGUCUUUGUCUCCUUUUUGCACUGUCUGUGCGCCGAAGUCAAGGUCCUCGUGUGUCUGCUGUCCUCAUUCUACGACCUCUCCAAAAAGUCACCAGGUCUGAGCCACACCGGUCUGCCGGCAGCCCAUCCACCGAGUCCUGGACCGCUUUUUCCUGAAUGGUCUUCUUCCGGGCCCUGCUUGACCAUCUGUGUAGCUUGUUUGGGAAAUGGGGGAAAUCAGAGGGAGGGGGGUUAAUUUAUUGAAAAACAGACUUCAUCUGACGCUGAGUGUUGACCAAUUCCAAAUUCUCUGGGACAUGGAGUGGGCGCUGUCCAAACAUACUAUUUACCUUAAAAACACCAGAAGAGGGAACAAGGACAGGAAAGUGACUUUUAAGGUACACAGUAACUUUUGUACUUGGCUGGAAUGCAGAAAGGGGAAACAGGAUGCAGUGCAUUUUACAUGCUCCAAAUUAUUAAAAAUAACAACAAAAGAAAGACCGAAGUAAGAAAGUAAGAUAUGUAAAACCAAUAGGAUGUUGUCAAAAACGUUUGGACAAGAACACCUGGCCAAGAAGAAAAAUCAUACUUUGGGCAGCAAGAGAGAGGACCAAUGGGCCUUGGAGAGAAAAUAAUUUGUCCUUUAUGUAAAAGCACCCCAAUUCCAGGUUGCUUUAAAGACACAAGCAGCAGCUCGACCACAGAACACAAGUCAUCGCCCUGAAUGCACAGGCUCUGGUGCAGGAUCUAAUUGCUGUACAUAUUAUUGUUGUUAUUAUUAUUAUUAAUUAUUAUUAUUAUUAUUGUUCUGUAAACAUGUUGCACAAGCUUAGCCUCUUUCCGUUCUGUUGUGUGUGGCUGUAAACCCGAUGCUUUGUGAAAUGAGAAUCUUGACAUUUUACUUGUGAAAUUUGGAAAAUGUGACCGAUUGAGAUCAACCGUGUUUUGUGUUCUCUAUGUCAAAGUUUAGUUUUAUAUUGAGAGUGUUAACUUAUUGCUUUGUAUCUUGGGGGGGGGGCGAACUUUGUAAAUAAGUUAUAAAGUUUCUUUGAGACAGUAAAAUUAUGGUUUCAAGAAAGAA